CUCUCCUUGUAUUAUUGUGUUUUCGAUUGGCGUCCUUCUGGAACGCGUACACUCCUUUACCUCGUGAAAUGCCCCGAGGCCUCGUGCAUGUGUCAGCGAGGCCGCAUUACUCCAGGAAGAUUAAAUGCCGGAACAUCAGCCAUGAGGUACAGGUUGCGACCGUCAAAAGGUCGCGCUUGGGCGAGGACAAGCAGCCUCGGAUCAUCAAGACCGUGCGCGAUGCUGCCUCUACAGGAACUGAGAAGGAUGGAAGAGACGAAAUAGAACAGCACUGGGCGCGGAUGUCGCCGUCCUCCAGCAUCAGACGAGCCUUUUCCGGGAUUCAGCCCACCGGCGUCCCUCACCUCGGAAACUACCUGGGGGCUCUGCGGCAGUGGAAACGGCUCCAUGAUCAAUCCACCGACCCCAAAUUCGCCAUCAACUAUCGCUAUGAACAGUACUUCUCGGUGGUCGACUUGCACGCUCUGACUUCGGACACGCCGGCGACGGAGCGCUUGCGUCUAAGGAAGGAGUCGUACGCUGCUCUUCUUGCUCUUGGCCUGCACAACAACAGGAAUACCACAUUGUUCUUCCAAUCCGACGUUCCGCAGCAUGCCUCUCUGAUGUGGAUCCUGAGUACCAUUGCUUCUACAGGGUAUCUGUCCAGAAUGACUCAGUGGAAGAGCAAGUUGAACUUGCCCGAAAAUGCCAGCCUCGAAAGCGACGAAGCGACAGCGAAGCUCAAGCUCGGACUGUUUUCAUACCCCGUUCUCCAAGCGGCGGAUAUAUUACUCUAUCAGCCAUCUAUCGUGCCUGUUGGCGAGGACCAACUCCAACAUAUCGAGUUUACCCGGACAUUGGCCAGGGGAUUUAAUGCCCUGGUCAGGGAAUCCUCCGGAGGGAAUGUCUUCCGAAUACCUUGGCCGGUAAUAUCCCCUGCCAAAAGGAUCAUGUCCCUCAAGCGUCCGGAGCAGAAGAUGUCCAAGUCUGACCCUGAUCCAAAAUCCCGAAUUCUGGUUACCGACAGCCCAGACGAGAUCCACGCCAAGCUCAGGGGUGCCGUGACCGACUCGGAGCCUGGUAUUUCUUUCAACCCGGAACGGCGGCCAGGCGUGUCCAACCUGGUAGAGAUAUUGAGGCACGUGACCGAGUCGCGAGAAUCCAGCGAGUACAUUGCCAAGGACAACGAGAAUGUCAGCAUGCGAGCAUUCAAGGAGAUGAUCGCGGACGAGAUCAUUUCUGCACUGAGGGGCGUGCGCGACAACUUCCUCACCCUCAUGGACUCUGGGAACGACCGACUGCGCGAAGAAAUCGAGUGGGGCGGCGCAAAGGCGCGACGGAAAGCCCGCAUGACCCUUGACGAGGUCCAGCAGGCACUGGGGCUGUUCGGCGUUACGCUUUCCGAGGAGGAAGCGACCAGAAUUCGGGAGCGACGGAGACAAGCUGCGCGUAAGGAUCUGGGGUCCGACUUGAAUAUCGAGUCCAACCCGUUCGAUUUCGAGGUAGGGGAGGUGGGAAUGGACGAGGAACUGCCCGACAACCGUGCAGACCCAAGCAUUGCUCAAGAGGAGACUGUCAAAUCUAUCAGACAAGCCAAGACGUGACGGGUGUCAAUGUCGCAGCCUCGAGAACACGAGGAGAUGGCGCAAUAGGCCCUUCGGACCGAGCUGCUCUGUAACUGCAGACGCGAGAUUCAUCGGUCUUGCUAGAAGCGCCUUGCUCAUAUUGUUCGAAGUGUAUGUUAUGCAGGGCGGAGAUUGUCACAACAGUGCAAGGACAGCGACAAGGCUAGGGUUUCA